UACAGAUUCCGACUCCGACUCCGAAGUCCGAACCUGCUUCCAAGUUCAAGUUCUAUCUGUAAAUAUGACCGAGUGUUGAACAGGGGAGGGAGACACCAUCUCGAAUUCACGAUCUGUGUUUCAAGCUAAUAACAAUUUUAGAGAAUUGAGAAUGGACGGAGAUCCUUACUUUGGCAAAUUGCCGGCGGAGCUACUGGGCAAGAUAGCCAUCGCGCUGCCGCUUGACGAGGCGGCGAGGACCAGCGUCCUCUCCCGGCGAUGGCGGAGUCAGUGGAGGUCGCCGGCGUUGCCGAACAGCCACUUCACCGGCAACGGCAUCACCAAGUUCAUGCCCGACGGUUACCCAAUCUCGUGCUUCGACACCGUGGGUGAAUUCCUGAGCUGGGUCGACCAGGUCAUCCGCCGGCGAGAGCCCUUCCCUCUCCGCCCGGCCCGCACCCGGCUGCGAUACCGCCGUACCGAGUUCUCCAUCGACUCUCUGGGGCUGAAUUUUGACCCGGAGGAUCCCAAUUGCGGAUGGAUCGAAUUCAAUAAGGACAGAUCCAAAAUCACGGCGCCAUUGGUGGACGGCGCCUGCAUCUGCUGCCGCUCCAAAGUCGUGUCCUUUCUAAGCCGCCCGCAGCCACAGCCUCCCCACGGACUCUCCCUGAGCAGCCUUUUGUCGGGAAGAAGGCGGCAGGAGCUUCUCAAACACUUGACCCUGCGGAACUGCGACAUGGACAUCUUCAAGUUCCAAUUCGCCAGCCCCUGCAGCUUUAUGUUUCUGAGAUCCCUGGUGGUGCAAGAGGGGCGGUUGAUUGAGGUGAAAUUCCUGUGGAAGCUUAUCUAUGGUUUCAAGCGUCUCCGAGAGUUGACCUUGGAAGACUGCAGCAUCGUCGGCGAUCCUAAUCAUAGGAACCAAUGCCCCGGUGGCCGGCUGAUCAUCGUGACCCGAAGCUUGAUACAUUUGAGACUGACUAGAUGCAGUGGCUUCGUAGAGAUUAUGUACGUAGCCGGCAGCAUAGUAAGGAGAUAUGCUUAUCUGCCGAGACUCCACCUUGAGACAAUAGAAUACCACUUUACUGAUUUCGACAGAACACCGCCCAUACCCGAACCUGAACCUGAGAUGCCACCCAAUCUAAUGAAUGCCUUGCAUUUAGAGGAUGACGAUGAAGAGAUUGACGAUGAAGAGGAGGCUACUCUGCUUGAUGAGGAGGAAGUUGCGUACAACUUUUAUGAUCGACUUUAUCACAUUUAGUUUGUGCAUCUUUGAAUUUGUAUCAAAAAAUAAAAACUGAUUCCCUCGCAUUCUAGAUGAUAAUGAUCUGUUUGGUGAAUCUGAAUCUGUGUAGUACAUCUUUAGCUGUGGUUGGGGCAUUCUGGACAGCAAUCAAGAAUUUGCAGCAAUUUUCAUUGACCAGGCAUGUACGAUAAGAACGCUACAAGAAAAGAAUUUGCAGCAACGAGC